AUGGUUUGGCUUCUCGACGAUGUCUACGACACGAAACACCGGGCCUACAUGAUGCGCGAGAAGGAGAUGAAGCUUGAACCUUUGAAAAUUCAGUAUCACGGGGUCUUUGGUCCUGCCAUGCCUUACGAUGAGCGGUACACACCGUACAUCAAGCAGGCAGGACUACUCCCGUGGAUUCAGUUGGUCAGCCGGUCCAUGCCGAAUCUGAACGCUCCACUGGUGUCCGCUUUUGCUGAUCGGUGGAGGCCGGAGACGCAUAGUUUCCAUCUUCGGACUGGGGAGAUGACCGUGACGCUCGAGGAUGUCUCGUUGAUCACCGGUCUUGCUAUCGAUGGGAUGCCUCUCUGUAUGAGCACCGAUUCUAAUGGGUGGCGUGAGCAGAUGAUUGCUCUUAUCGGUAUGGCUCCUACCGAGGCCGAGGCUGAUGUAGAGGAGGGAGAAGAGAAGAAGAAGAAGGAAAGGAAAGCAGCCGGAGCUGCUUUCACGUGGAUUCAAACUCACUUUGCGACGUGCCCUCCGGAUGCCACUGAUGAUGUGAUCCAGACACAUGCUCGUGUCUACAUGUGGUAUGUUGUGUCGAGGACUUUGUUUCCUGACUCCACUAGCAAGAACGCUCCAUGGAUGUGGCUGAAGGCGUUGACCGUCUUCGAUAACAAAUGGAGCUGGGGUUCAGCGACUCUUGCCUACUUGUACCGACAGCUGGACGAUGCGUGUUGCAGGAUCACAGGUAGUGCAGGCAUUGGUGGUAAUAUGCUUCUACUUUCUGUAUGGAGUUGGGAGCGUCUGCCUGUUGGAC